UUCCACAUUUUUUUAUAUUUCUCUCAAAUUUGUUCAAGAAUCCCUUUGUUUCUAUCCAAGAAUGGACGAAUUUGAAGGAUUGAAGAGAGAAGUUGAGAGACUUUUGGAUAUGGUAGAUUCUGAGAACAGCGAUUGUGAGGAAAAAAUAGCAAUACAAGAAGAAGUUGGCGAUCUUCCGAGUAGUUCUGUGGCUGUGGAGUUUCUCGAAGACGAGAUCGAUAGAAAGGAAGAAAUCCUUCUUGCUGCGAGUUGCACGCUGCUGAACAUGAUUAGCGGACUUGAUCACUCCUUUGAUGGCAAUGAAAGAGAUAUGGGACGACUACAAGUUGAAGAAUUCAGAGCCGCCUGUCUCGGCCACAAAGUGUUGGUGAACGAAACGGAGGAGCAAACUUUCGAGAGAGCGGAUUUGAUUAGAACUCUGUGGCAAAAAAAAAUUCUCGACUCUGUGCGUUUGGCUUACUUACAAGGGGAAAAGGAGAUGCCGUUUCGUCCCUACGAUCAAACCGAAUUAGAGGCACUCAAAACGGACUCGGGUGAGAAGGUUUACAGGCUUGUUAGGAAGGGCUUUCGUGAAGCGCGAGUGGCUGUGCGGACGAGUGUUGAUUUCAAACCAUGGGAUCUUGAAGAAGGAAGAGAAUGUACUCUUUCCGAGUUACUAGAUCAGCUUCAAGCGUUAAUCAGGGGGCGUAUAAGACGUCAUGCCUGAAUUCACAGGCUCUGUGUGGGUGGCCUGGUUUAAGAGAGUUGUCCUAUCCGAUAAUCUCAGCAACUUCUGGAUUCAAAAGGCAAACAACAAAAAUUCUUGGCUAGCCUAUCCAUGGAUUAGGAUUAAUCUGGGUAAUGGAAAAUAUUGUCAGUUUUGGAGUGAUCAUUGAUGUAAACUGGGAAAAAUGUCGACUUACCUUCACUAUUUCUCUGACCAAUACACUCUUUUUCCACUCUUUUUUGUUAUGAGAAAUGAAAAGAAGUAGGAAUUGAUUUCGUCUAUUUGUCGAAAAACUGAAGUUGGUAAUGAUUUUGAUUGCAGGGCAGUAUGGGGGUGGGAUGAUUCAUACAUCUAUGUGGGCAAUUUGUCAAAGAAGAUUGAUGUGAUCAAUCCAAAACUAAAGCGAACAGUGAUGGAACUGCAUAACCCUCUGCAGAGAGCUAUACCAUGCAGGAUCCAUUGCCAUCCUUAUAAUGUUGGAACGCUUGCAGGAUCCACAGCUGGAGGACAAGUCUAUGUUUGGACAACAAAGUAGCAUACUUGACCUAUUUGAAUUAGCAUGAGAUGUUGUGUUGUUUUGUUAUGUUGUACAAAGAAAUGGAAGCAAGUUUU